AUGGUACACGACGAUUUGCGUGUGGAAUGGAUCCGACAGAAGGUAACUGCGCUUUUUAAUUUGGCUAAAAAGUAUCCUAAGUGCUUCGACGAACUUCUCAGCCGGGACGAUGGAAGAGAAGAGGAGAAAAUUAUCCGUUUUUUGAACGUUAUCUCUGAGGAGGACUCCCAUUCAAGUCUUUUGUUUUUCAAAACAAUUAGAGAGGAAGAAACGGAAGUUGAAGUUCCUCUCAGUAAGCAUCCUGAGCAGAAGUCUGAAACAGAGCUCAACUCCGUCAAAGUGACACAUGAGAUAAGUCAAAUUAAAGUGGUGUACCACGCUGAGCUUCAUAUCUCAGUAAACCAAUACCCAGAGAGAUUUGUGAAAUCCCGGGCCAUCUACUUUCUCAGAAACACCAAAGAGACUGUUGUUCAACCACUGGACAUGAAAGAGGCCCAUGUCAUAAUGCCUAGGCUUUUUAACCUUGGCCUGCAGAGUGGAAACCCCCUUCAGGCGCUGCAGAACAAACUAGUCCACGCCUAUAUACCCAUGUUCACUGCCCAGCACAUGGCAGCAACAGGAGCUGACAGUCACCACAAGAAGAGAUCUCCUCAGGAAAAGAUCAACAAAGACAGUAAAAAGGAAAAGCAGAAAAAGCCAUGGGGGCAGGUUAUGAUUCGCGAUGAGUUGCUAAACAGGACACACAAAUUUUUGGGAGUGGUCAACGCAACUAUUCAUCAGCUUCAAUUAGAAGAUGAGAUUGUACUUCAAAUCCCUGAUCUGGACCUGAAGCCAAAGGUGGAUGUGCUGCUUAAUAAUCCUGAAACGUUGGAGAAGUUGGAGCAGUGUGUGAUGAACUGGCAGACUCAGAUUACUAUAGUCAUUGAGGAACAACAAAGCAAAAAGCCACAGGCACCUGGGCCAAUGGCAGAGAUCGAACUUUGGCAGGAGCGUGCUUCUGUUUUCAGCACCCUGCUUGAUCAGCUCAAAGAGUCUGUGGUUGAGAAGAUCUUGGAAGUGAUGACCAAAACAAAUGCAGGCAUUGUUCACACCCUCAAUGGAACUAUUGCUGAAUUAACUAAAUACCAUUUAGAGUCAGAUGAAAUUGCACGCUUACUUAAGACAUUGGAAAGGCACUUUAUGAAUCUGGCCACUGGAGCAAAUUUUGCCAUCAUGCUGGAGACCAUCCCUCAUAUGAUGGAGAGCUUGCAGCUCGUGUGGAUGUUCUCUUGCCACUACAACUCAGAUGAGCGUAUGGUGCCUCUAAUGGAGCGCAUUGCCUGGCAGCUGUGUGAAAGAGUGGCUCAAGGGAUAGAUGUCCACAAGCUAUUCAAGGAAAAUAGGGAAGAGGCCAAAUCCCUGGUGUUCGAGGCUAAGCAGGCUCUUGAGCAGUGGAAGUUGUCCUACUUUGAGAUACGUGCAGAAUUAGAAAAUUUAGGCAGAGCUCCUCGCUGGGAGUUUGAUUGUAAAAGACUGUUUGAGAGGAGUGAUUACAUGGCUUCUGUCUGCCAGGAUCUAUGCACCGUGUUUCAGGUGCAGGAGGAACUCAACAACAUUUUAGGCCCAGAGCUGAAAGGUACGAAAGACCUGAAUGAAGUGGUAAACAAAGUGGAUGGUCUGGUUUUACCCAUUCAGGAGGUCAGCUUUAAUCCAUUCAGCAUCUUAAAAAAGACUAAUUGGAGAAUGAUCCUCCAAGAUUUCAACACAAACAUGAAGGCUGUUGAGGGAGAGAUAAUUGAUUUUAUCGACCUGUCUUUUAACAAACUGCAUUCCUUGGCUGCUACCUUUGAAAUGCUACAGAAAUUAAAACAAAUCCCCACUACACAGACCAUCAACAAUCAUUUGAUGACAAAGUUAAAUGACGUCCUUAUCAAGUACUGCAGAGAGGUUGACAGCAUCAAGGAGAUCUUUGAAAAGCAGAAAGACAAACCACCUCUUAAGACCGAGCCUCCUGUGGCAGGAUCAAUCAGAUGGGCCCAGACUCUUUUUUACAACAUUAAACAACCCCUCCUUCCCUUCCUGAAAAUGCCUGAGUUGCAAGAGAAUAAACAAAGUGAAAAGGAUGUGUCAAUACCUGAAGGAAGCCAAAAAAAUGUGCGAUACGUUGUGAACUUUUCUCCAGAAAUCACAGAAAUAAUUUCUGAGACAAACUAUCUUGUUUUACUGGACUACACUGUUCCCCAACUGAUUCAACAUGUAGCUCUACAAGAAGACCAACUCCUCAGGUAUGUAGAUGCUCUGAAAAUACUUGUCAGUCGUUAUCACUCUGUGAUGGACAGCCUGAGUGAGGUGCAUCUUGAUAUGCUGGCACCGCAUAUAGAAAGAGUCAAAAACGAGAUCAAGUUUGGACUCAAAACACUCAGCUGGGGCUCCUUAGGGAUACCUGACUUCAUCAAUCGAGGUGUCAGUGCUGUCUCUACAUUUGAGUCUGUGGUCAAUAAGAUUCACACAAUCGAAAGGGAAAUUGAUUCCAAGUUACAGUCAAUGCUGAUGACCAAUCUACUAAAAUUUCCAGUAUCUGAUAAUUCAAGUGACUUACCAGGUGUCAGGGGUUUCUGUGCACACAUUGAGGAAGAGCAGGCCAAGACUUUGGAUUUUCUUAUGAAAAAAUAUGCUGACAUAAGUUGCUUAAUCAUAAAAACGGAAAAUUUGACCUUGGAAACCAGCAGUGGUAAAGCCAAGUGCAUGGCAUCGUACUACGCAUACUGGGAACGCAAAGUGUUUGAUUCCCUUCUAAAGAUGGUGCAGAGGAGCAUUCAGACGUUCAACAUGGCACUGAUGGGAAGUACUGCUCUUUUCCAAAUUGAUGCCAUUUUGUCUGCCCCCAAGAUUGUGUUACAGCCCCAAAGUAAACAGAUAUACUGGCUGAUCAUGCAGUGCAUUAAAAACUGUAUCGAUAGUACCAAGCACUUUCCACGUUGGAUGCAUGGGACAUGCAUCGAAUGCCCACCACAACAUGUAGAUGGUGAAGAGGAGUUGGUGACAUUCACGUUCUUCAGUGAUGUAUGGCAGCAUCCUCAGAUAAAUGAAAGUGCAUCGGCAGUGUCCAAAAACAUCCAGCAGCUGCUGCUUUCUGUGGAUCAGUACCUUAUCUACUGGAAACGUUAUCGGUCUCUUUGGAGAAUGAACAAAACCAUUGUCAAUGAAAAAUUUGCAUCAAAAAAUCCAUCCUAUGUUUUGUAUGACGACAAGCUACAGUUCUUUGCUAAUAUUAAACAGCAGGUGAUGCAAGAGCCUCUGAGCAGGACGGAGCACUGUAUCCAUCUAAACUUGGAGCCACUGGUUAACACAGUGUGGGAAAUAACGGAGUCCUGGAUCACUUCACUUGGUAGCCUGCUCAAGAAGCCUGCCAGAGAGAAUCUCUUCAACUUGAAAGAUGAACUCAUGCAACUCUCGAAGAAACUGAAGCAGAACCCGGACACCUUUGAGGAGCUAAAGUCUGUCCUUGGAACUAUUUCAGACAUCAGGAACAUGUCUGUCGACGUGGAGUUCAGAUUCAUUGACAUCCAGGAAAGAUACAGAGUCCUGGCCAUGUACAAAUUGGAGGUUGGAGAGGAUGAAAAGGAGUUGGUGGCUACUAUUGGACAGGUGUGGAGUGACCUGUUCGCAGAAUCUAGACAAGUGGAUCAAAGUCUGAGAGAUAUCAAGAUAUCAUUUACUGUGAUUACAAAAGAGACGAUUGAAGACUUUAAGCAAGAUUUGUCCAUCUUUGUUGAAAGUUUCAACAUGCAUGGUCCUGGAGCUGUGGGUGAAGAUUUAGAUAAAGGGCUAAUCAUUAUGGGAAAGUAUGAGGCAGACCUUGCCAAGAUGGUGGCCCAACAACAGGAGCUCACCAAUGCUGAGAAGUUGUUAGAGAUGCCUUUCACUUCAUACUCAGAGGUUGUCAAGAUUCAGAAAGACAUGAGUGGAUUAAGACAAAUUUAUGAUAUUUAUAAAGCUCAGAAGAAUGCAAAAGCAAAGUGGUCUCAGACCUUGUGGGUAGAUUUGGACAUCCAGAUGCUGCAGGAGGGUAUAGAAGGUUUCAUCAAAAGUCUGAGGCAGCUGCCCAAAGAUGUGAGGGCGUUACCCGUGGCUUUUUUUCUAGACGGGAGCAUGAAAGAGUUCAGAGAAUCUCUGCCUCUUCUGCUAGACCUGAAGAAUGAGGCUCUCAGAGACAGGCACUGGAAGGAGCUAAUGGAAAGGACUAACACCAGCUUUGAGAUAAACCCUGAUUACUUUACUCUGGAGAACAUGUUUUCUAUGGAGUUGCACAAAUUUGCAAAUGUCAUUGGCGACAUUGUCACAUCAGCUGUAAAAGAGCUAAGCAUUGAGAAGGCAAUGAAGGGGGUGGCUGAGACCUGGGAGAACAUGAAAUUCAGUAUGCAGCCUUAUUUUAAAGGCAUCCAGGAACAUGGUUUUAUUCUGGGAGCAGUGGAUGAGAUCCUGCUGAACGUGGACAAUGAUAUCAUGAACUUACAGAGCAUGGCGGGCAGUCGUUUUGUUGGACCUUUUUUUGGCGACAUACAAAAGUUGGAAAAAGAUUUGUCUCUCAUCAGUGAGACCAUAGAGAUUUGGUUGAUGGUGCAACGAAAAUGGAUAUACCUGGAAAGCAUCUUCAUUAGUGGGGACAUUCGUUCUCAGUUGCCUAAAGAAGCUAAGAAGUUUGAUAACAUUGACAAGAAGUUUAAAGAAAUAAUAUCUGACACUGUAAGAAGUCCAAAUAUUAAGCGAAGUUGCCUGGUUCGUAACCGGCUAGCAGACCUGCAGGCCUUGAGUAUUGGUUUAGAGAGGUGCCAGAAGAGUCUUAAUGAUUACCUGGACUCCAAACGAAAUGCAUUCCCUCGCUUCUUCUUUAUCUCUGAUGAUGAACUUCUCAGCAUUCUGGGGAGCAGUGACCCUACCUGUGUCCAGGAACACAUGAUCAAGAUGUAUGACAACAUAGCAUCUCUUAGAUUUGAUAUGGAAACCAGUGGGGAGACAGUAGUUAGAGCUAUGAUGUCUGCUGAGGGUGAGGUGAUGGAAUUUAGGAACCCUGUCCCAGUGGAAGGAAGGGUGGAAGAGUGGAUGAUGGGAGUACUAGAGGAGAUGAGGAGGACUAAUAGGCUUAUCACCAAGGAGGCAAUCUUCUACUACUGUGAUAAAAUGAGUAGAGUGGACUGGAUACUGCUGUAUCAGGGCAUGGUAGUACUGGCUGCAAAUCAAGUGUGGUGGACCUGGGAGGUGGAAGAUGUCUUCAAAAAGGUGAAGAAAGGAGAAAAGCAUGCACUUAAGAACUAUGCUGAGAAGAUUCAUCUCCAGAUUGAUGAACUAGUUACACGCAUUACUCAACCUUUGAAGAAAAAUGACAGGCGGAAAAUAAACACAGUGCUUAUCAUUGAUGUCCAUGCAAGAGACAUUGUGGACAACUUUGUUGACAACAGUAUAACGGAUGCACAAGAGUUUGAAUGGGAAAGCCAGCUAAGAUUCUACUGGGUGAAAGAACAUGACAACCUGUUUGUGCGGCAGUGCAGCGCUUCAUUCUCUUACGGUUAUGAAUAUAUGGGACUGAAUGGUCGCUUGGUUAUAACCCCAUUGACAGACCGGAUCUACUUGACCCUUACACAGGCCCUCUCUAUGUAUUUGGGCGGAGCUCCUGCUGGACCAGCUGGUACAGGGAAGACAGAGUCCACCAAAGAUCUGGCUAAGGCUUUAGGUCUGCUGUGUGUGGUUACAAAUUGUGGUGAGGGCAUGGACUACAUGGCUGUUGGCAAGAUCUUCUCUGGCCUUGCCCAGUGUGGAGCUUGGGGCUGCUUUGAUGAGUUCAAUCGAAUUGAUGCCUCAGUGUUGUCAGUUAUUUCUUCACAAAUGCAGACCAUUCGCAACGCUCUCAUUUUACACCUAAAAAGGUUUCAGUUUGAAGGGCAAGAGAUCAACAUGGAUGACCGCAUGGGCAUUUUCAUCACGAUGAAUCCUGGUUAUGCAGGACGUACAGAGCUGCCAGAAUCAGUCAAAGCUCUCUUCAGGCCUGUGGUGGUGAUUGUGCCUGACCUUCAACAAAUUUGUGAGAUUAUGCUCUUCUCAGAGGGCUUCCUAAUGGCCAAGGUGCUGGCAAAGAAGAUGACUGUGCUGUAUAAACUGGCCCGUGAGCAGCUGUCCAAGCAGUCCCACUAUGACUUUGGCCUACGUGCUUUGAAGUCUGUCCUGGUGAUGGCAGGAGAGUUAAAGAGAGGCUCUCCAGACCUCAAUGAGGAUGUAGUGUUGAUGCGUGCGCUCAGAGACAUGAAUCUGCCAAAGUUUGUGUUUGAUGACGUCCCUUUGUUCCUUGGACUCAUCUCAGACCUUUUUCCUGGAUUGGACUGCCCUCGUGUUCGCUAUCCUGAUUUCAAUGAUGCUGUGGAACAGAUACUGCAAGAGAACAAAUAUAUUCUUCUCUCUCACCAGGUGGAUAAAGUUGUGCAGAUAUAUGAGACAAUGAUGACCAGACACACUACUAUGAUUGUUGGCCCAACAAGUGGAGGAAAAUCAGUUGUCAUCAACAUAUUAUGUCAAGCACAGACCAGACUGGGGAUGCAUACUAAGUUAUAUCCUCUGAACCCUAAAGCCAUGAGUGUCGUUGAACUUUAUGGAGUACUUGAUCCAGAUACUCGUGACUGGACUGAUGGGAUUUUAUCCAACAUCUUUCGUGAUAUCAACAAACCUACAGACAAAAAAGAGCGGAGGUAUAUUUUGUUUGAUGGGGACGUGGAUGCCCUUUGGGUGGAGAAUAUGAACUCUGUCAUGGAUGACAACAAGCUUCUCACUCUCGCCAAUGGGGAACGGAUCCGUUUACAGAGUCACUGUGCGCUGCUUUUUGAGGUUGGAGAUCUGCAGUACGCUUCACCUGCUACUGUGUCUCGCUGUGGGAUGGUUUUUGUUGACCCCAAAAACUUGCGAUAUACCCCAUACUGGGCAAGAUGGGUGAACAGCAGACCUGAGCAGGAACAAGAGGUGCUUCACGGACUGUUUGAGAAAUAUGUACACGGAUGUAUUGACAUGAUUGUAGAUGGUAUUGUUGAUGGCAAACAGGGUCAGAAACUGGAGACGGUCGUCCCACAGACAGACCUGAAUAUGGUUACUCAGUUGUGCUUGACACUUGAAGCAUUGCUUGAGGACGACUGCAGCAGCGCUGAUGUCCUGGAAUGUUACUUCCUGGAAGCGCUGUACUGUUCACUGGGAGCCACAUUGUUAGAGAGUAGUAGGACCAAGUUUGAUGAGUUUGUCAAAAGGCUAUCCUGCUUUACCACAGAGUAUGAUGAAAAAGUCCUUGUUGGGCCUGGUGAGAUCCCAGGAUACCUGCCAACUCUGUAUGAUUUCCAUUUUGACGGAACACAGAUGAAGUGGGUUCCUUGGAGUUCUUUGGUCGCCAAAUACAGUCACAGCCCUGAAAUAAAGUUUGCUGAUAUCCUAGUGCCAACCGUUGAUACGACAAGAACUAGUUGGAUCUUGGAGCAGAUGGUAAAAAUACAGAGGCCAGUGUUAUUGGUUGGAGAUUCAGGCACUUCGAAGACCGCCACAAUUAAUAACUUCCUGAAGAAUAUUAAUGCUGACUCAAGAAUUACUUUGACCAUCAACUUCUCAUCCCGAACAACUUCAUUAGACCUGCAGAGAAACCUGGAGGCGAAUGUGGAAAAAAGAACCAAAGAUACUUAUGGGCCUUCUUUGGGGAAGAGACUACUGGUCUUCAUGGAUGAUAUGAACAUGCCAAAGGUGGAUAACUAUGGUACACAACAGCCAAUUGCACUUUUGAAGUUGCUGUUGGACCGGGGAGGCAUAUAUGAUCGAGGAAAGGAGCUAAAAUACAAACUUCUCAAAGACCUUGGCUUUAUUGCUGCUAUGGGAAAGGCAGGAGGUGGAAGGAAUGAGGUGGAUCCACGUUUCAUCUCCCUUUUCAGUGUCUUCAGCAUUCCCUUUCCAACAAUGGACUCUCUCCACCUCAUCUAUGCUUCCAUCAUUAAAGGACACACCAGACUGUUUGAGGAUGCCAUACAGAAAGUUUGUGAUAAAAUCACUUUCUGCACACUGGAACUGUACAAUAACAUCAUCAAAGAGCUUCCACCCACUCCCUCCAAGUUCCACUACAUCUUUAACUUGAGGGACCUGUCAAGAGUCUACAGUGGACUGAUCCUCACUAAACCAGACAGAUUUUUUAAUGUCACCCAGUUUGUGCGGGUGUGGAGAAAUGAGUGCUUGAGAAUCUUCCACGAUAGACUCAUUGACAAAACUGACAAAGCUUUGGUUCAGGGCCACAUAAAAGACCUGAUGGAAGAACAUUUUAAAUCAGACGUGGAGGCGGUGAUGAGAGACCCAAUUCUAUUUGGAGACUACAUGACAGCCCUCAGUGAGUCUGAGCCAAGAGUCUACGAAGACAUCCAAGAUUACGAUGCUUCCAAAGCUGUGUUUCAGGAAAUUCUUGAAGAAUACAAUGAGAUCAAGUCAAGGAUGAACUUAGUGCUGUUUGAUGAUGCUCUGGAACAUCUCACCCGGGUUCACCGCAUCAUUCGCAUCGAUCGUGGACAUGCACUGCUUGUUGGGGUGGCGGGCUCUGGCAAGCAGUCACUUACCAAGCUUGCUGCAUUCACUGCUGGCUGUGAGAUGUUUGAAAUAACUCUCAGCAGAGGAUACAAUGAAUCCAAUUUGCGAGAGGAUUUGAAAACACUGUACCUGAAGCUUGGCAUUGAAAAUAAGAAGACCGUCUUCCUUUUCGCUGAUGUUCAUGUAGCCGAGGAAGGCUUUUUGGAGCUAAUAAACAACAUGCUUACCUCAGGCAUAGUUCCUGCCUUGUUUCCUGAUGAUGAGAAGGAGUCUCUUCUCAAUGAGAUCCGUGAUGAAGCUCUUAAAACAGGAGCAGAUCCUUCCAAAGAGAGUGUGUGGCAAUACUUUGUCAGCAAGUGUGCCAACAAUCUACACAUUGUUUUAGGCAUGUCUCCAGUGGGAGACACCCUCAGGACACGCUGCAGGAACUUCCCAGGACUGAUGAACAACACUGUGAUCGACUGGUUCCUGCCAUGGCCGCCACAGGCAUUACAUGCAGUGGCUCAGUCUUUCCUUGGUGAAAAUUCAAUGAUUCCUGAGGUUCACACCUCAGCAGUCAUAGAUCAUGUUUGCAUGGUUCAUACUUCUGUGGGUGAAUACAGCAAACUAUUCCUGCAAAAGCUUAGACGGUGCAACUAUGUCACUCCAAAGAACUACUUGGACUUUAUUAACACGUAUUCUACCCUUUUGGAGGAGAAGGACAAAUUCAUCCUCGCUCAGUGCAAGCGUUUAGAGGGGGGUUUGGAUAAACUUAAGGAAGCUAGUGAGCAGCUCGCUGAACUGAAUGUGAAGCUUGCAGAUCAGAAGAUUGUCUUAGCUGAAAAGACCACAUCUUGUGAAGCCCUGCUGGAAAACAUUGCUUCUAACACAAACGUUGCUGAGGAAAAAAGGACUCUGGCAGAAGAGAAAGCUAAAGAGAUUGAAGAGCAGAAUAAAGUUAUAGCUGUUGAAAAGGAGGCUGCUGAAAGUGCUCUGGCUGAAGCUCUGCCAGCGUUAAACGCAGCCCGCAUGGCCCUGCGAGACCUAGACAAAUCUGAUGUCACUGAGAUCCGGUCUUUUGCCAAGCCACCCAAGCAGGUGCGAGUUGUUUGUGAGUGUGUCUUGGUGCUGCGUGGCUACAAAGAAAUUAGCUGGCUAUCAGCCAAAGGAAUGAUGUCGGAGGCAAACUUUUUACGUUCCUUAAUGGAGAUGGACUGCGAUUCUAUCAGUAACACUCAGGUCAGAACUGCCAAAGGCUUUCUAAAGAGCCUGCAAACAAGCUUUGAGGAAAUGCAAACCAUCAGCAAAGCUGGUUCAGGAAUGCUUAAAUUUGUCGAGGCAACCAUAGAGUACUGCGAUGUUGCCAGAGAAAUAAAACCCAAAAGAGAAAAGGUGGCACGUCUAGAAAAGGAAUUCUCUCAUUCUAAGAAGGAGCUAGGGCACAUUCAGAAUGAGCUUAGCUAUAUUCAGACCGAGCUGAACGGUCUCAAAAUGAAGUAUGAAGCUGCCAUCUUGGAAAAGCUAAAGCUCCAGGAGGAGGCUGAGGUCAUGGAGAGGAGGCUGAUAGCUGCUGACAAACUCAUCUCUGGCCUGAGCUCUGAAAAUAAACGGUGGACAGAAGAUUUGGACGAGUUGAGACAGCAGCGAGUGCGUCUCCUCGGUGACUGUCUGGUCUCUGCUGGUUUCCUGAGCUACGAAGGUGCCUUCAACUGGGACUUGAGGAAUGAAAUGGUGUAUCAAACAUGGGCCCAGGACAUUAUGCAGAGAGGCAUCCCCUUGAGUCAGCCUUUUAAAGUGGAAAGCCUUCUUACUGAUGAGGUAGAAAUUAGCAAGUGGGGCUCUGAGGGACUGCCUCCCGAUGAGCUGUCAGUGCAGAAUGGAAUCCUCACAACCAGAGGAAGUCGCUUUGCUUUGUGUAUUGAUCCCCAGCAGCAGGCCCUCAACUGGAUUAAAAAAAAGGAAGAAACCAAUAAACUCAAGAUCUCAUCUUUCAAUGAUCCAGACUUCUUGAAACAGCUUGAGACGGCCAUUAAAUAUGGCAAUUCGUUUCUUUUCAGAGAUGUGGAUGAGUACAUUGACCCAGUCAUUGACAAUGUCCUGGAAAAAAAUGCAAAAGGAGCAGAGGGCAGACAGGUCAUUUUGCUGGGUGACAAGGAAGUGCAUUAUGAUCCUAACUUUAAGCUUUACCUCAAUACCAAAUUGGCUAAUCCCAAAUAUUCUCCAUCCAUUUUUGGGAAAGCUAUGGUCAUCAACUACAAUGUUACCCUUAAGGGUCUGGAAGACCAGCUCCUGAGCGUCGUUAUGGGCUUUGAGAAAAAAGAACUGGAGGAGCAGCGUGAGCAUUUAAUCCAAGAGACCAGUAGCAAUAAGAAGCUUCUUAAAAACCUUGGAGACUCCUUGCUUAGAGAGCUGGCCACAUCUACUGGCAACAUGUUGGACAACAAAGAGCUUGUUCAAACUCUGGAGGAAACAAAGCUGAAAGCCAGCGAGGUAUUUGAGAAGUUAAAGUUGGCUCAGAAGACAUCCAUGGAUAUUAAUGAACUGAGAGAUGGCUACCGACCUGCAGCUAAGCGCGGUGCUAUCCUCUUCUUUGUUCUGACGGACAUGGCUCUGGUUAACAGCAUGUACCAGUACUCACUAGCAUCCUACCUGGAAGUGUUUGAUUUGUCACUGCGAAAAUCUGUUCCUGACAUUUCCCUUCAACAAAGACUUGACAACAUCAUGAACACUCUCACAUACAAUGUUUAUAACUAUGGCUGCACAGGGCUGUUUGAGAGGCACAAGCUGCUCUUUUCUUUUAACAUGACAAUCAAGAUUGAGCAGGCAGAGGGGAGGGCACCUCAGGAGGAGUUGGACUUCCUUAUUAAAGGUAAUCUAGCUCUGGAAAAAAGCACACAAAAGAAUCCUUGUGACUGGCUUCCUGACCAGGGCUGGGAGGACGUGGUGAAGCUCGCAGAGCUCUUUCAAGAACAGUUUGGCUCUCUGCCAGAUGACAUUGAAAAUAACACCACUGACUGGAAAUCUUGGUAUGACUUGGAUGCACUGGAGCAGGCUCCGUUUCCCAUGAAGUAUGAAGAGGACCUGUCAGCCUUUCAGAAGCUGCUGUUGCUGCGCUGCUUUCGAGUUGACAGAGUUUUCAGAGCUGUGACUGACUAUGUCAGUGUUACCAUGGGCGAGAAGUAUGUACAGCCUCCUGUGAUCAACUUUUCUACCAUUUAUGAGCACAGCACACCUUUCUCUCCCAUCGUUUUCAUUCUGAGCCCUGGUUCUGACCCAGCCAGUGACCUCAUGAAACUAGCAGGCUUUGGAGGAAGCAAGUUCAAGUUCCUUGCCAUGGGCCAGGGGCAGGAGAAGGUGGCCCUAGAACUGCUGGAGAAGGCAGUUUCUCGGGGUCAGUGGUUGAUGCUGCAGAACUGCCACCUGUUAGUGAAGUGGCUGAAGGACCUGGAAAAGGCAAUAGAGGGAAUCACAAAGCCCAAUCCUAACUUUCGCUUGUGGAUCACAACCAAUCCCAUUAAAGAUUUCCCCAUUGGCAUUCUGCAGAAGUCAUUUAAGGUGGUGACGGAGCCUCCCAAUGGACUCAAGCUGAACAUGAAAGCCACAUUCUCCAAAAUUUCAAAUGAGAUGUUGAAUGCAUGCCCACACUCUGCAUUCAAAAGCCUGGUCUAUGUGCUGUCCUUUUUCCAUGCUGUGGUGCAAGAGAGGCGCAAGUACGGAAAGAUUGGUUGGAAUGUCCCUUACGACUUCAGCGAGUCAGACUUCUUUGUGUGUAUGGAGAUCCUGAACACCUACCUGACUAAAGCUUACAACCAAGGAGACAGCAAUAUACCCUGGGGAAGUCUUAAAUAUCUUAUUGGCGAGGUCAUGUAUGGUGGUCGAGUAAUAGAUAGUUUUGACCGAAGAAUCCUAACUGUCUACAUGGACGAAUACCUUGGAGACUUCCUCUUUCAUACAUUUCGGUGCUUUCACUUCUUCAGCAACGAAGAUGUGAAUUACAAAAUCCCUUCGCCUGGCCCAAAGACUGUAUAUGUUGAUGAGAUUGAAAGGAUGCCUCUGGCAAACACGCCUGAUGUGUUGGGUCUUCAUUCCAACGCAGAGAUUGGAUAUUACACUCUAGCUGUUAAAGAGAUGUGGGCUCACUUAAUGGACCUUCAGCCUCAGACAGGUGAAUCUCGUGGAAGUGUUACUAGAGAUGAGCACAUCGGCCAGGUGGCUCAGGACAUCCAGAACAAGCUUCCUGAGUUAUUUGACAUGGAUGUCAUUCGUAAAAAGUUUGCUACAGACAUUUCUCCAACAUCAGUAGUUCUACUUCAAGAACUGGAGCGCUUCAACAAACUAGUGGUUCGCAUGCAGCAGUCUUUGGCUGAGCUGCAGAGGGCCUUGGCUGGUGAGGUAGGUAUGAGCAGUGAGUUGGAUGAAGUGGCUCGGGCCCUUUUUAAUGGUCACAUUCCUGCCAUUUGGAAGAAGCUGGCACCUGAGACUCUGAAGUCUCUUGGGAACUGGAUGAUCCAUUUCAAGAGGCGUUAUGAACAGUACAGCUACUGGGUGAACAAGAAAGAACCAAAAGUUAUGUGGCUGUCAGGUCUUCACAUACCCGAGUCGUACUUGACUGCUCUGGUUCAAGCUGCAUGUAGGGAAAAUGGCUGGCCCCUGGAUCUUUCCACACUGUACACAGAAGUGACCCACUACUGCAGUGACGAUGACGUGACUGACAGACCAAAACAAGGCUGCUUUGUGUCUGGUAUGUACUUGGAGGGAGCAGACUGGGACGUGGAGAAAGGCUGCCUAGUGAGGAGUAAACCCAAAGUCCUGGUUGUUGAGCUCCCCAUUCUCAAAGUCAUCCCCACAGAGGCACAUCACCUCAGACGAAAGAAAACACUGAGGACACCGGUCUACACCACUUCCAUGCGGAGGAAUGCAAUGGGUGUGGGGUUGGUUUUCGAAGCAGACCUGUUUACCACCAUACACAACUCCCACUGGGUCCAGCAGGGAGUGUGUUUGUGCCUCAACACCGACUGA